AUGAGGAGCCAGGGAUUGGUCGCGCACAAGACAUCUCGAGCAGGUGGAGCGGCGAAUCUCAAGGCUCCGUUAAAAGAGCUCUUCGUUUGCCGUUACGAGGACGUGUUCAAUGGACGUAGCCCGAUCAGUACGUGCAGGGAGAAAGGGUUCGAAGGACGGCAGGAGCUGCAGCGGUUCUGGGACGAACUUCUUCUGUUAAAAGUGAACGACGCCUACCUGGCACAGUGCAUCGCAUCCAUCCCCGAGGAUCGCCUCAUUGGUCCUCUCAAGCCAACUAUCAACGAGAUCUUCUCUGCCUGCCUCAGAUAUUUGAGCGAUGUGAAUUUCAUCCGAGUGGCUCAUGCUCUUGAAACCCUAGCCGUGUUUCUGAGGGAGAUCUUCAAGAAGCGGUUUGCAGAGCAGACCUUCACUAUAAUCACGCUCGUUGCAGGGAACGCGGACAGUGGGGAUGCCUAUUUCAAGAAGCUCAUCUGUGACGUCUCUGGCCUGCUCACAGGGGAUAACGUGCCUGUUCUCAUAAAAGCACUUGGGACAAGUGUCUCCGGCCUGCUCACAGGGGAAAACGUGCCAGUUCUCAUAAAAGCACUUCGGACAAGGCUCUUCCUCAUGCUGCUCACCGCCACAGACAACGUGAACGCCAACCCAGUCGCCUCCUACCUGCUCCUCCACCCCAUCACGGACCCCCUCCUCUCGCUCCUCACCAUCUCCCCUCCACACCACCGCCAGCGCCUUGAAUUCGACACCUCACUCGUCCUCCUCCUCCUGCUGCUGCUGCCGCUGCUGCUGCUCUCAUGCCAAUCCCUUUCCCCCCUCCUCUUUCUCUCUCCCUCCUCUUCCCCUGCCCCCCUUCCCAGGCUCUUCCUGGUGCUUCUGACUGCAACAGACAACGUGAACGCCAACCCAGUCGCCUCCUACCUGCUCCUCCACCCCAUCACGGACCCCCUCCUCUCCCUCCUCACCCUCUCCCCUCCGCACCACCGCCAGCGCCUCGAAUUCGAUACCUCACUCGUCCUCCUCCUCCUGCUGCUCUGGCGAAGAGCUUCCAAUCCCUAUGCGGAUAGAAUCGCCUCGUCAGCCAACGCGCCCCUGGUUCCCCUGCUCCAUACGAUUCACUCGCUGCUCUCGCUUUCCCAGGAGCCGGGGCAGGGGAGUGGGGGGAUGGCGGGGGCAGGAGGGGGGGGAGGGGGAGGGGCAGGGGCAGCGGGAGGGGCAGGAGGAGGAGGAGGUGGGACGGGAGGAGGCGAAGGGGCGAUUUUAGGAGGGAUUAGCUCUUAUUUGCCUUCUAUGGGCGUAAUUUCGUCUCAAGCGUCAUCAGCUUUGUCUGUAGUGGCCUUUGCCACGUCAGCAGCCACCCAGGCACUGUACAGUUACGCUAGCACGGCUAUAGGGGGGAUAGCGAGCGGGAAAGGGCUUGGAGAACUGCCCCCUAUAACUAGUGUGAUUGUAGAGAAGUUCACGGAGAGAGGGAGCGGAGCAGGGGAGGUGGAUGGUCAGUGGGCAUAUGGGACGUGUGGGGUGCUGCUGCUGUAUUUCCUCGUCGCACUCAACCCCACUGCAAGAUCCCCUUCUGGAGCAUGCCAUGUUACGCUGUCAGCAUGUCUUGCUACGCCUCCUGCUGCUGCUGCUGCUGCUGCUGCUGCUGCUGCUGCUGCUGCUGCUGCUGCUGCUGCUGCUGCUGCUGCUGCUGCUGCUGCUGCUGCUGCUGCUGCUGCUGCUGCUGCUGCUGCUGCUGCUGCUGCUGUGCCAGCGCUCCUUCCUUUUCAAUCCCUUGUGAUGUCAUGCCUCCCUUUCCGUAUUUUCAACUCAUUUCUCUUGUGGGGAGAUCUUCUUCGCCUGCUGCUGCUGCUGCUGCUGCUGUCAACACUCAUCCUCACUCCCUCUCCUUCUCUACCCCCACUCCAGCUGUGGCCGCAUGAGGGCUUCAUUGUCGGACCUGGCAAGUCUCUCUCCCUCCUGUGGGGCGACUGCCUGCGCCUGCUGCUGCUCACCUGCCGAGACGCCUUUGACCCGCACGCCCUGCAAGGGGAGGGAGGGCUACCGAGGGCAAAGGUGAGGGCACACGCCUUGACACAUGCUAUCUCUGGGUCCAUGUUGACAGUCGAUCCCUCUCCCUCCUGUUCGAGACGAGAGGAAAUUUGA